AUGACUCCACUGACUUAUAAAACUCCACUUCUACCCUUCAAAAUAGAAGGGGAACCUGAUGGGCCCACUCUCUUGUUGAAAUACGAGAUUUUGCAGCCAGGAGGAAGUUUCAAAUCGAGAGGGAUUAGUCAUCUCAUUAACACUACGUUGAAUUCGGUUGAAGGCGACAAAAGUGAACUCUGUGUUUACUCUAGUUCUGGUGGAAAUGCCGGUCUUGCUGCGGCAAGGGCGUGUGAGACUUUGGGUGUAAAAUGUGUGGUAGUUGUGCCGAAAUCUACUAAGCAACGAAUGGUAGAAAAAAUAAGGGCAACCGGAUCUGACGUUAUUAUCCAUGGCGCACACUGGAAAGAAGCCGAUCACUACUUGAGAGAAGUGAUCAUGAAGCAAUCUACAUAUUCGAAAAAGUUAUAUGUUCAUCCAUUUGAUAAUGCAACCCUCUGGGAGGGCCAUUCUGAGAUGGUUGACGAAAUAAUUGAUCAAUUAUCGGACUACAGUAUUAGUACUGAGCGAUUGAAAGGAAUAGUAUGCAGUGUUGGUGGGGGUGGGCUUUACAGUGGUAUCAUAACGGGUUUAGAAAGGCAUAAUCUGGCCGAAAAGAUAUCCGUGUUUGCUAUGGAGACUAAAGGGUGUGAUGCAUUGAAUAAGUCAUUAGCAGUCAAAGAGCCCGUUGUUUUAGAUGGAAUCAGUAGUAUUGCUACUUCUCUCGGAUCCACAUAUAUUUGUUCUAAUGGAUUUGAAAAGGCGUUGAAAUAUUCUACGAAAUCAAUUGCUCUGGAUGAUCAAGAUGUACUAGAUACAUGUAUGAAGUUUUUUGAUCAAACUUCUAUACUCGUGGAACCAGCUUGUGGUGCAUCGCUGCACGUCUGCUAUCAUCCAGAGUUACUAGGAGCUCUCAAUCCAAAUGAUGUGUAUGUUGUAAUUUUAUGUGGAGGAUCUUGCAAUACAUAUGAUGAGAUAAAAUCCCUUUCAAAAAGAUAG